AUGGGAGGCGUCGCUUCAAAGCCCAGCAGUGACCCUGACUGCACCCUCCAGGUCAUAGGCGCCGGCUUCUCUAGAACUGGGACAGUUUCUAUGGGUCUAGCCCUGGAGGAACUCCUUGAUGGACCUGUAUGCCACGGCGGAACGCAGAUGCACAUGCUGGAAGAGAAAUACCCCCGUCAAUGGGUAGAGGUCUACCGAGCUCGUCAUGACCGCCCGAGGCUCCUCGCGGCGUUGCGUGAUGUCACGCGCGGCUUCGUCGGCAUCACCGACAUGCCUGGCGUGCACUUCAUCCAAGAGCUGUGCGAGAUCUACCCGGAAGCUAAGGUCAUAUGUGUACGUCGGGACCCGAAGCGGUGGCUGCAGAGCGCUCAGCAUAUGAGCAACAAGAUGACGGCGUGGUAUAUGCCCGUGCUUAUGUGGCCGAUGCCAGCGGCGAGGUGGUUCUCGACAUGGCUUGAACUGGCCGUGGCAAGAACGGGAGAGUUGGGCUUGUUGCCCUUUGACGAAGAAUAUCUCAACCGCUACAACGAACAUGUUGCACGUAUUGUUCCCCCGGAACGACUCUUUUGGAUGGAAAUGGGUGAGGGUUGGGCACCUUUGUGUAGGAUGUUGAAUAAGCCUGUUCCAGAGAAGGCGUUCCCCAGCGCCAACGACUCGGAAGCUGCUGAUGAAUUGAUCGAAGUCAAGAUCAAGGCUGCCUGCCUGGCAUGGACUGGGAUACUAGGGGCUGUAGGGCUUGCCACGGUGGUAGGGAUUCGCGUGUGGAAGUUUUCAAGGCGAUAG